AUGGGAAGAGGGAAGAUUGUGAUUGAAAGGAUCGACAAUUCCACUAGCCGCCAAGUGACUUUCUCUAAGAGGAGAAAGGGUUUGAUCAAGAAAGCCAAAGAGCUUGCAAUCCUCUGUGAUGCUCAAGUUGGAGUUGUCAUAUUCUCCAGCACAGGAAAGCUUUACGAAUAUGCAAGCACCAGCAUGAAAUCAAUGAUCGAGAGAUAUAACACAUGCAAGGAGGAAGAUCAAUUGACAAAUUCAGAACCGGGAGUCAAGUUUUGGCAGAGGGAGGCAGAAUUUCUAAGGCAGCAACUACAGAAUCUACAAGAAAACCAUCGGCAAUUGAUGGGAGAACAACUUUAUGGUUUGAGUGUCAGAAACCUACAAGAUCUGGAGAAUCAACUGGAAAUGAGUCUCCAAGGGGUUCGCAUGAAAAAGGAGCAAAUUCUAAGAGACGAAAUCCAAGAGCUGAACCGAAAGGGAAACCUAAUCUAUCAAGAAAAUGUGGAACUUUACAAGAAGGUUUAUGGUACAGCAGAUAUGGCUGCAACAAGCAGAAAUGCAUUUGUUCCACUUCCAUAUGCUAUACAUGCAGGAGGGCAUCCACAAGAAUUGAUUCAACUUCAGUUAUUGCAGCCUGAGCAAGAAGCUUGUGAGACAUCAGGCAGUGCCACAAAAUGA